GUGCAAAAACCUCUCGAAUCUAUCGCAGAAUAUCGAAACCGGUUCUAUCGAAUGUUUGUAAAAACUAAGCGAGGCGAGCAAGUCGGGAGAGAUUUGUUUAUUGAUGGGCUUCAUAGCCGAACGAUAAGGGCGAAGCUGCGGAAGCAGUUUUCCCCCAUCAAUCAUACUGGCACGCUGCAACAGAUCAUAGCCGCUGCAGAGGAGAUGGAACGAAAGUUCGCGGCAAAUUUCCUGGAAGGAGAAGACUAUCCCAAGGAAGGAGAUUCCUCUGAGCUCGCAAGGGCAAGAGCUGAGUUGGCCGCAUUGCAGAACAAGUUCGAUAAUAUGGGAUUUGUGUCUGGCGCGGUCACCUAUUUGGAACAGAUAGCCCCUAAACGACCCGCCCCGAGUGUAAUCACGAGUGUCCUCGUUCCUGUGAUACCAGCACCUGUAAUGACGGCACCCCCACCACCGAUUGAGAACCCGUGGCAGUUCUCCCACGUGGCAAGAAGCAGACCGGUGGCAAUGGGUAACGAAGUUCCGAGUCCAUCCACACCUGUCCUUUUGUCUAGAAUCACUCGCUGUCCCCCUCCUCGAUCCCCAACAGUGGAGGAGUUAGGGAGAACACUUCGCCGAGCUGUCGGUGGUCUGGUCGAAGUAAAGGUCACGUGGACACGGCACCGAGAUCACCGUCAGUGGGCCGAGUACCUUGAGCUGCUCAUCAUCCAGGCGUGGCAAACAGGAGUGGAGGGCGAUCUGCUCGGAUUCCUCUUCGGAUUGGUGCGGCCCGAUCAUCGUCAACUGAUCGUGCACGAGUUAACGGUCCCCCUUGCGCAGCUGGCCGACGAUCUCCCACUUGAGAUCGUCUCGCAGAUCGACGACAGCCCAGUCCCGCACGUUCUCACACGGACCAUUUCGCCAUAUCUUCAGUGGUUGGCGUGCUUGGAGGAACCGGAAAGCGGCCGCAACCCACUGUCACGGCGCGAUUAUCUGGAGCCGCACGAGAUAGUCGACCUCGUCUUCUUUCGAAAUCAGACGGCUUCCGAGAACGAGGAGGUAGAGAUUGAAGCGGAAGAAGAAAGCUCGAAAGAAGAAGAAGUUGAAAAAGAGACCGACGAGGAAGAAACUCCCGAAGAGGGGAGUUACAGUGAGCACAGCGGAGGGGAGCAAAGUGAGGACGAGGAGGAAGAAGAACAAAGCGACGACGAAGAAGAAGAAGAUCAAGAGGAACUGGAAGAGUCGGAGUGGGAAGCAUUCGAGGAGGAAUGGGUUCGGUGUCCAAUGGGGAUCUGUAAUGCGCCUGCCACGUUUCAGCGAGCGACGAACAUGACGUUCCAGAACUUCGUCAACAAGACACGGCUAACUCAGGGAAUGAUCAACUUCUGCGUGAUCGUAUACAUGGACGAUAUCCUUGUCUACUCGGAGACCUAUCACGGACAUGCCCAACACAUUGAAUUGACGUUGGGAGCGAUGAGAGAUGCAAGAUUCAAGAUCGCACUCGAGAAGAGCGGAUUAUUCCUGUCAGAAAUUUCGUUCCUGGGUUACGUUGUGACGCGUGGAGGAUUGUGGCCUGACUCGAGGAAGGUUGCGGCAGUGAGAGAAGCUCCAGUUCCCACGUCGCUGACGCAGGUUCGAGCCUUCUUGGGGUUGGCAUCGUACUAUCGCCGUUUCAUCAAAGGCUUCGCCGCGAUUGCACGGCCACUAACGAACCAGUUACGAAAGGACCAGCCUCUCAGUUGGGAUGCGGAGUUGCGGCCCGAUCAUCGCCAAUUGAUCGUGCACGAGUUAACGGUCGCCCUUGCGCAGCUGGCCGACGAUCUCCCACUUGAGAUCGUCUCGCAGAGCGACGACAACCCAGUCCCGCACGUUCUCACACGGACCUUGGCGCCAUAUCUUCAGUGGUCGGUGUGCUUAGAGGAACCGGGAAGCGGCCGCAACCCACCGUCACGGCGCGGUUAUCUGGACCCGUACGAGAUAGUGGACCUCGCCUUCUUUCAAGAUCGGACGGCUUCUGAGAACGAGGAGGUAGAGAUUGAAGCGGAAGAAGAAGGCUCGAAAGAAGAAGAAGAAGCCGAAGGAGAGGCCGACGAGGAAGAAACUCCCGAAGAGGGGAGUUACAGUGAGCACAGCGAAGGGGAGCAAAGUGAGGAGGAGGGGAAGGAAGAACAAGGCAACGAAGAAGAAGAAGAUCAGGACGAGCUGGAAGAGUCAGAGUGGGAAGGAUUCGAGGAGGAAGUGCGUGACGAGGCAAGGGCGAGGGCCCGGGCGCAGAAGAAGAAAGAGAUUGCGGCCAGGAAGCGAUAGUUGGAAUUCACCAGCGCAGCCGGUCAGCCGGGCACCGACAAUCCGGCCCGAGAUCCGGAGCCACCUAAGCCCGAG